UCUACCCACUUUCUCUCUCGGUCUCUCCAUCGCCUACUCUCCCUCUCUUUCUCUCCUCUGCACAGUUUCAAUGGCGGAACACAGUAGUAAUAAAGACCUCUUGGAGCUGGAGGCCAAGCGAGGCGGCGUCUCUUCCACCUCAAACUUAGAAUCACUCUUUGUAUGCAAGAAAGAUCCCACCUUUACUCCUUCUGAUGCUUCUCGUCAGAAGCCCACCAUGGUACCUCUGCCCAAGAGCCAAUUUCUGGGAAAGGUGAAAGACUUCUUAGGAGUUUUAUCAGAAUCGAACAAGAAACUGAUGGAGGAUGCAAAGGAACGCCCCGAUAACUAUGACAUUGAAGUGAUCAGCGGAGAUGAGUCUAAAUACAUCGAGAUGGAUCUGAUGUUGGGUAUUGCUGAUCUUCACACCCCGGAGGCAGUUGCUGCAGCCGAGUCUGCAAUGGCCGGUUAUCAGCCACCAGCUCGUCUGGAGGAGAGCAGCAGUGGAUCAGAAGACGAAGAUUGCAGUGAUGGCGAAAAAGACAGGAAUCACAAAUCAGAUUCUGAAGCUGGCUCAGAAAGGUUGAAGGCAGGAGAUUCUUCAUGUCGGGAAUCAAAGAAACGGAAGGCCAAAAUCAUCGAGCUUUAGAUCUUUGCGAUUCAAGCUUGGAGAGGAAAUCCACAAACUCUCCAUCAGUUAUCGUCAUAGGUGCUGGUUUUGCUGGAAUUACAGCUGCACGGACUCUUCAUGAUGCCUCGUUUCAGGUAUAUGUGUACACUUUAUGCAGACCUUCGGCUACUGUGUUCACAACCGUGGAUUUGGGUCCUGAACAAAGUGGUUAAUCAUGGCUACGUGGUGUUGGCAAUGAGAACCCAUUGGCUUCGCUCAUUGGGAGAUUGGGACUACCCCUUUACU